AUGGACUGGAAGGUAACGACCAUCCUACAGCUUGCAUUCUCAGUUUUCGUCUUUCUCUUUUUGCUUUCAUCUCUAUUCAUUGCUGCCUUCGGAAGAAAAGACGCCAGGAAGAGCACAAGACUCCGCGCGUGUACGCUACUUUACGCAAUCGCUGCUGCGGUGACGAGCCACUUUUGGAGUAGGGCGAACGGCCAGCUUGAGUCCGAGACGCAAUUAAUUUCAACACUCACUAUCUGGAACUCGGCAGCGUCGUUUGCCGCCUGGCCGCUGACUUCCGAGUCCAGUCGAUGCAGCGGCGUCGCUGUCGUCGCCAUCACCGUUACGACUAUUGUCUUUGGCAGAUUCCAUUCAUCACUGGCUUGCGUGGUCGCCGUGUGUGGCUCCAACGUCCUGGUACUCUCAGGUAUAGUGCUGUUCCAGUUGCACCAUGCCAGGCGAGAGCAGUUGGAGAUAUAUGGGGGGAUAUGCCUCCUAUUCAUAGUUUAUUUCGUCUGGUUCGCUGCCCUGGCUCUUGCUGAAGGAAGCGAUACACUGGCUCGAUACUUGGUAAAAAAGAUUAUCACCACUCCAUCGCCGGCGGAUGCCGUGGCUGACCUCGUGAAGAUUUGGUACACCACCUGUGUCCCUACUGUCGCACUUUCGUGCUACGCAUCUCUGCGAAUUUUGGCACUUAAUGUUGUCAAGUACGGAGGGAAAAUAUCUACUGCCGCACUUCCAUGGAGGAAAAUGCUGCAGCAUGGGCUAGUGUCUGAUCCUGAAGCUCCCUCUGUGACACCUGGCCACCGCUCGUCAAUGUCAGAGUCGCUGCAGGGCUCGGGGACUCAGCUUCAGCAGUUUCGGCCGCUUCAAAAUCCAAGGCCACCAAGCGCGGGCUCGAAGCUGACGACGCCCUCAUCACAUGGGCCAGCAGCUGUGCCAGCUGGUCCUCUUGACCCUUCACCUACGAAGUCCCUUAGAGAAUAG